AUGUACAGAACUCUCUCACGUCUGUCCAGAUCUAUCUCCCUCUGUCCAGAUCUAUCUCAUUCUUUCAUCUACCUGGUAAUUCUUAAUUUUCUUCAACAAUCUUGUCACAAGAUGGAUGGGCGAAGGAACCGAGGCUCCCUUCUUAUCCUUAUCUUUCUCUUUGACCAUUUGAUGAAACUUGGUGGCUGGACACACAUCCCACCAAUCACCCUGCUCACUACCUUGGGCCAUGUUGCUAUUCACUAUGAAGACUACUUUCUUCCACGGCCGAUAUUUCCUUCUGUAGAAAAAGCUUGCAUUAGUGUCUACCAUGUCUGGACCCACAAUCAGUGGCAACGUCUCCUCUAUGGGGCCUUCUGCCAUUUUAAUGACAUGCACCUUUAUUACAACAUGGUCUCAUUUCUCUCAAAAGGUGUUAUGCUUGAAAGAAAACUGACAAGUGAAUUUUUCGCCUUCAUGUUGAUUGUUUUUACCUUCUUGUCAGGAGCUCUUUUGGUCGGCUUCAACGUUCUGUUAAUGAUUGUCACUGGAAAUGCUCAAUAUGAGCUUACCUGUGCUGUGGGAUUUUCAGCUGUAAUUUUUGCCAUAAAAGUUGUUCUACAAGAUCAAGCAUCACCCCAUCAACGCCAAUAUGUGUUUGGAAUUCCUAUUCCUCUUCGAUUGAUGUACUGGAGUGAAUUGUUCAUUAUCCAAAUGGUUGCUCCACAGUCCUCUUUCAUUGGUCAUUUGUCAGGUAUUGUUGUUGGAUUACUUUAUACCAAAGGACCUUUAAAGCCAAUCAUGUAUGCAAUCUUCCCACCAGAUGAAAGACAAAAUAGACAACCUCAAGAUGAACAACAAGAAUAUGACACUGGUUACAGCCAAGGAUAUGGACCUCAAAGUUAUGGCUCUCCUGAUAUAUCCCACAAGAUAUUUGGAUUUUCCUUUGAGGGUAUUGUCAAUGCCAACCAAUGA